ACGGCCGUCACGGGCCGGCAGCGUGACGCCGCGCGCCGGCUGGCUGGACCUUGUUGCGCGUGUGUGAGUGUGUGACAGUGUCUGUGCAGCAUGGUGCCGGCCACAGGAUAACAAGGCCACACACCGCCCGCCAUCACAAAGGUGUGUUGCAGUCUCGCAAACAACAGAAAAAUCGCCACUCGCAUUGAAGAUCGGAGCCACUGCCUCGGACCCCAGGGCACCCCAGGGCACCCCCGGGCACCCCAGGGCAGCCCACGGCGCCGCAGGGGCCCGGCCCGGACGACCGCCACGUCCGCGACGACGCGGCCAGCAGCCCAUCAUGCGGGCCUCGUGCCGUCUCUGAGGCUGGCGAUGCAGCCCGAGGCCCCCAUGGCGGUGACCGAGGCCCUGUCGGCGCUGGGGUUCAGGGGUCGUGCCGUGGCUGGGACUCGAGGGACCCGAGGGACGCGGAGAGCAGGCGGCGGGGCCGUCGCCGCCAAGGCCCUGCAGGCCGCGCAGGCCGGCCACAGGAAGCUAGUACGAGGAGUGCGAGGAGUCCGAGGAGUCCAGGGCAGCUGCAGGCACAGGCGGCCCGGGCCUCUCGCCGUCGGCACCACGCCGUCAUAGCGACCAAGCUUAGUUUAGUGUUCCGUCGCCCUCGAGCGACGAGCUGAUUCAACGCUUGUACCAGUUCCGAGAAAGCCUUCGCAGUGGCGGGGACCACGAUGAACCUGCUCAACAUGGACGCGGAGAACCGCGUGGUUCUCAACUGCGGCGGCAUCCGACACGAGACGUACAAGGCUACGCUCAAGAAGAUCCCCGCGACGCGUCUCUCGCGCCUCACCGAGGCGCUGGCCAACUACGACCCCAUCCUCAACGAGUACUUCUUCGACCGCCACCCGGGCGUCUUCGCCCAAGUGCUCAACUACUACCGGACGGGCAAGCUGCACUACCCCACGGACGUGUGCGGUCCGCUGUUCGAAGAGGAGCUCGAGUUUUGGGGUCUGGACGCCAACCAGGUGGAGCCGUGCUGCUGGAUGACAUACACGCAGCAUCGAGACACGCAGGAGACCUUGGCCGUGCUGGACCGCCUGGACCUGGACACAGAGAAGCCGUCGGACGAGGAGAUGGCGCGGAAGUUCGGCUUCGAGGAGGACUACUUCCGGGGCACCGUGUCCUGGUGGCAGCGGUCCAAGCCCAAGCUGUGGUCCCUCUUCGACGAGCCCUACUCAUCCAACGCCGCCAAGAUCGUGGGCGUGGCGUCCGUCUUCUUCAUCUGCGUGUCCAUCCUGUCCUUCUGCCUCAAGACGCACCCGGACAUGAGGGUGCCGGUGAUCCGCAACAUCACCGUCAAGACGGCGGCCAACAUGACGGCGUGGACGCUGGACAAGACGCAGACCAACGCGCACGAGGCCUUCUUCUACAUCGAGUGCGUGUGCAACGCGUGGUUCACCGUGGAGAUCGUCUCCAGGUUCACCGCGUCGCCCAACAAGUGCGACUUCAUCAAGGCCUCGGUCAACAUCAUCGACUACAUCGCCACGCUCAGCUUCUACAUCGAUUUGGUGCUGCAGAAGUUCGCGUCGCACCUGGAGAACGCCGACAUCCUCGAGUUCUUCUCCAUCAUCCGCAUCAUGCGACUGUUCAAGCUGACGCGGCACUCGUCGGGCCUCAAGAUCCUCAUCCAGACGUUCCGGGCGUCGGCCAAGGAGCUCACGCUGCUCGUCUUCUUCCUGGUGCUGGGUAUCGUCAUCUUCGCCAGCCUGGUGUACUACGCGGAGCGCAUCCAGGCCAACCCCCACAACGACUUCAACAGCAUCCCGCUGGGCCUGUGGUGGGCGCUGGUCACCAUGACCACGGUGGGGUACGGGGACAUGGCGCCCAAGACGUACGUCGGCAUGUUCGUGGGCGCGCUGUGCGCGCUGGCCGGUGUGCUGACCAUCGCCCUGCCCGUCCCCGUCAUCGUCUCCAACUUCGCCAUGUACUACUCCCACACGCAGGCGCGCGCCAAGCUGCCUAAGAAGAGGAGACGGGUGCUGCCGGUGGAGCCGACGCGACCGCUGGUGCGGAUACCUGGACAGCCCGGGCAGCCCGGGCAGCCAGGGUGCCCGGCUGGAGGCGGCGGUCCCGGCGGCGGCGGUCCGGGCUGCAGAGCCGGCAUGGACCCUGGCGGGGGGCCGCCCGUGCAGAACAGGCGGAUGAACGCCAUCAAGAGCAACCACCCGAAGGACGCCAUGGGUGGCAUGAUGGAGCACGAGCGCCGGAACGCAAGCCUGCGCAACAACGGCACCAAGUCUGGCGUGGGUGACCUGAGUGACUGAGUAGGCUGCGCCCCCUGCGCCCCCCUCCGCAAACCGUACGUCCCUCGGCAGGCCUUCCCCGCCAACUGAGUCUCUGCAUUCAUGAGAAAACGUUUCAAAUCUGUGUUUUAACAAGCGCAACACGUGAGAUCACGAAACUCUCACGUAACGUCAAAAUAAAAGCUAAAACAAUUAAUUUUUUGCUGAAAUUUUGACUUUAAGUAAUUGCUUUGUCAUAAAAAUAGCAAAAUUGUGAGUUUUUCGUGUUUGUUGGUAAUCGGAAGGAAAAUAGUUCAGCGGAGAUUCAGUGGUGGCGAGGGAAGCGCCGAGGUGACUUUCUCAUGACCCUGCUAAGGCUUCCUAAAGAAGUCUAAUCAAACAAACCGGGCAAUUUGAUGUGCCGAUUUUCUAUUUUACUUUUGAGAGGUGUGCCGUACGGCGCCUUACGGCUGCAUGUUUCAUUGGCUUCUUGGCGCAGCUGUGUGUGUCUGUGUGGUUUGUGACGAGACUGGCAUGCAUCAUCUGAGGUAGAAGACACGGCUGCGGGAGGAACGAGGAGGAAUGUAGGUGGGAAAUUUGGAGUGAACAAAAAAGAAGAAAUUUAAAAAAAAACAUUUUAGCACUCCCACCACGUCCCAGGAAAAUUUCGUAGGUGUUGCGGUCGGAAGACCACCCUGUGUUGAACUGUCUAACAUCCUGGGAGUCCACGCAUGUAAAUCAAGUGCUUACUGGGCCCUUCUUACCCAUGUUGGUGAAUGGUCGGUGGACAUGGACGGCUUGGGGUUCGUCCACAUUUUAAGUAACGUCUUCUGUCUCUGUCGCACUCACUGGCGAUCCAUGAGGAGCAACAAGGACAGAGCUAUAUGAAAAACGUUGCGUAUCAAGUGGACGUCCUCCCGGCAGGUUCCUCUCAGCAUGCGGCGCAGCGUGUCCUUUGAGUGUUGUAGUGUAGUCCAGUUUGCCGUGUACCUAGAACUGCGUUUGCGUACCACAAGAUUAAACAAGACGUGGAUGAAAUAGUCGUACAUCCGCUGGGUUUACUGGAAACGUACCGACGAGAGAAACCCCCUUGGAACUGGACGCGAUGGCGAACUAACGCUUGGCGGUGGUGUUGCAGGUGCGCGGCGCUGCAACGCGGCGGGCGCUCUAGAGGAUGGCUGCGACGUGUGACGAGGCCGUGACGAGGCUGUGACUAGGCCGGGACGAGGCCGUCACAGCGGCGUCACGUUGCGUGGUGCCUAGCGGACCAAGACCCGUCGUCAGGGCCUCGGCCGCAGAGCUACGCAGAGCUACGCAGAGCGGGCCGGCCAGGACCGGAAGCAGGACCGGAAGUGCUUCGGGCUGCCGGCCUCGGACUCACUGUUUACUUGGUGCAUGCGUGCAAGCCGCCACGCCCAAGUGUGUGUGCGUCUGUGGCGGUUAGCAAGACGGACACUUCAGUCGCUUUGCAGUCGUUUCACAACAAACAGAUCCUAGUGGCAAUUUCUUUGUGAUAUUGGGAGAAGACGCAAGAGGAGAAAACGAACAGCAGUGCUCGGUGUUGUUUUUCCCUUUUUUCUCUUUGUAGGACAGUAGACAGUGACACAUAUCAUCUCGACGAGACGUGUGCAGUGUCAUAUUUCUAUAUCGACAGUCUUCUUUGAGGCGGCCAGCAAAUGGCUGCCCGAUGUGCAGCCUAGCAUAGUCACUGAAGACACAAGUCUUGAGGCAUAAGUCCGAUAAAUUCUAAAUUUAUUUUAUUGUGAAGCGUUUACGUUCAUGAACAAAGUAUUGUUAUUAGACAAAUAAUGCUGGCUAUAAAUUCCGACAGGCAAGGACAAAAAGCAUGUAAGCAGGAUAUAGGCUAUUUAAUUUAUAUUUUUUUUUCAUUCAAAAGGUAUACUGUCUUUGUCACUUUUAUCCUUAUGUAACACUAUUGAUCACACUGUUAAACACCAUCAUGAUUUUUGUGAGGUUGGCUCUGAGUAACUGAAAAUAACAAGUAAAUUAUCGACUGUAUGGCCGCAAUUUUACAGUAACAUUAACAGUAUUUCAGCGCUUCAUAAUAUAACAAAGGUCGUUUUGAAGAUUUAUUUUUCGCUUGUCCACAGAGCCUUGACUCAGUGACUCGGAGCCAACCACGCCACGGUCAUCACAUUUUUCACCUUCUAUCACAUUAGCCUAUUAAACACGCUUUAUAUCAAAAUGAUAUAUCUCUUUUAAUAACGAUAAUGGUUAAGGGGACUCAUCUGUGUAGCAUGAUAUUUUUGUUAUUUUUUGUUGUUAUCAGCAUUCUAUCACUCAUUUCUUUCAAACAAUCUGUAACGACGCCAACAGUCAAUGGUUGUCUAAUGAAUGUACAUUCAGGCUUUGGAAGUACAUUGCCAACAAGAUGCAAUAGCCUAAUUGUAUUGUCUUGGAUUAUCAGUCAUUUUACGUAUCAGUGUACCGCCGCAAAUAAACAGUCUUCCAUAUAGUCUCGAGAUGAUGCCGAUGAAUGAAGAUCGGAAGGGAUACAACUCAUCAGAACAACUAAAUUUAAGUAUUUCUCUAGUCACAUAUUUUGUUCCUCUACGUAAUUGUACCGGCGAAUGCUCCAGCUCAGAAUGGAAUAAACUGCAAAGUUGCGAAUGCCACAUUAAUAAUUUCUCUUUUUGCCACAAUGUAUACAAUGUGAAGGGGGAGUCAAGGUGGAUCAUUUUAAAGUGGAGUGCCAUUGCUCAAAUCGCAUAAUAAUUGUGCAUGUAGUCUCUAAAUUCUAAUUUGAUCAUAAUUAUCUUUGUACGUUCUUUGGCGCGUGCUUCUUCCGUUUGUUUCCGAUUGCCACCUCGUUUCAAACUUCUAGCGCGUAUUUUGUAAGUGUAAUCCAAACCGGCCGCGGAAACGGCUGCGAACGGAACAAAUUUGAUGCCGUACAUCUCCCGAUUUCUUGAUUUCGUUUGACAAGACUUAUAUCCAUUCUGUUAUACUUCUACUAGCGUGGGCGUUGAUAUUCAACGUCCAUGUGUGUCUUAUUCUUCUGAAAAAUGUUGUCUCAGUAGAUUGCGAGCUAUCAUUGAGGCUAGUCGAGAACCUCAUAGCGUCUCACAUUUCGUACUUUUUCUAUUAAGCUUUAUCGAAGUGAAUGAGCAUGUUUCUGAGCAGUUUGUAGAGAUCGUACUGUCUCGACCAACACAAAUACAACGUUCAUGAUAUUGAAUAAACUGUCUAGGCUUGUUAAAUUGCGACACAGUAUGUGUAAGACAUAUUUGUGCUUAGAUAAGUUCUGAUGGGACUGCUGACCAAAUCAUUGCGCGCUAGGCGUGGCUAUGCACUGUGGUUGUGUAAAAAAAUACCACCGAGAGAAGCAAUGUUUCACACAUUGUCCCCCAGGAUAUUUUUUCUGCCUUGUUAUCGUAUUUGUAAAUUUUUACAGAUCAAAAUUAUAGACUACGCUGAAUUGUAUUUGUAACCUUUAUUUGGUUUGAAGGGCUGGAUAGUUCAUAUCCCUUUAAAAUUAUCGGGCUAUUAAUUGAAAUACGCGGACAAAAUUGUUACUGCUCAUCUGAUUUUAUCGCUGUUUUAACAUAUUUUCUAACUUUCAUUGUGACUUCCUCAGUGCAUGCUGGUAUUCUCUUAUACCUCUACAUGAAGAAGGACAGGUAGGGAAAGCUAACGUAGGCAUAGGUCUCGAACAGGACUACCGGCGAACGGCCAUUGUAAUGAGUUAUAGAAAGCAAAAGAAUAUCUGUCUCCUGAAAAUUCCCCCAACACCUGAGUACAAACCAGAGCUACUGUUCCACUGUUCCACUGUUUGUUCUUGAUGAUGGCGGGUGAAGGCGGUGCAGGCCUAGACGGGUCUGGGCGGUCUGACGAAUUUGGCACUCCUAGUCCCGAGCGCCUGCGGAGAAGAGGGCAGGCCGCGCCGCGCCGCGAGACUGCGUGGCGGGACUGUCUACCCUCUGUUCCGCGGGCGCUCGAGACGCCAUGGCGACGAAAGAAAUUAAAAGGCCACGCCCGGGGCUCUCCGUCCAGGUCCGAUGUUCGGGUCCAUUCCAGUGUAUGGUGCGACGUACCACAGUGCACUCCAGAUGCAUCCCUCAACUUUGGAGGGUGGAUUUGGAGUCGCUUCGGCAUCAGAACAAACUGCUGCAACCCGUCUUCAUUCUUUCCAUUACGACUUUCUUUUGUUACAUUCGUUCACAUUUUACGUAUCGUUGUUUGACUUUCGGUUUCAUAAGAAGCAUUCUGUAAAUAUUGUAAGCACUAUGAAAUAUCAUCUAAAGACAAGUAUAGUCAAGGGACCAAUGGAGAGAAUCUUUUUUCUACAAAAAAGGGACGUAGGGAUGCUGAAACGUAAGGAAAUAGGAAUUGUUGAGGUUCAGGCUGAAUGUGGAAUAACCAACAACGAGUUGAAAUUUUUAUCAUUUUCUUUCAAAUCAGUGGCAUUUACUGUCCGAGACUAUACUUCAACCGGCUCUAAAGCUUCUAAUCGCUGUGAACCAUGAAGAUCCUGCUGCUAAGUUCAUUUCUGUUCAACUUAUGUUAAUAAAACGGAGGGCCAGGACAAGGGUUUACCCCUUUGCUUGGUCUGAACGAAAAGAAAA